UAUAAACAGAAGUAGGGCCUUUUUUAAAAAUAACUACCUGCACUUACAAGUUCACUAAAAAAGGCAUUUAGGAAACGUAAGCAGACAGUUCCUUGUUUUGGUCAUUACUUACCUUAUCUUGUUUAGUCAGCAUGCUUUCAGUUUAAAGUGUCUCUCUGUGAAAUCCAAGAACGUUCUCUCUAAAGAUGCAAGAUUUUGUGUUUGGUUUCCUUUCAUUUAUUUGUAGCCUAAAAGGCCUAACAUGUUCAGAUUGGACCAUGCCAGUACAGCCUAAGGUCAACGGCUCUUUGGGACAGAACGUGAUUCUCCCCUGCGCCUUCACGCACCCAAAACAAAAUACAUACACCGGCGUCAUCCAUGUCAAAUGGAUAAAGGACUCCAAAAAAGAACCAAUCUUUCACUGCACUCUGGACAACAGGACAAAUAGCCAAGACAGUUGCACUAAUCUAAAACCAUCAGAGAGGCUCUCACUUAAUGGUAACCCCAGGAAAGGAGACCUUUCCUUGCGUAUCAGUAAUUUAGAGUUUACAGAUGCUGCACAGUACACCUGUAGGGUGGAGCUGGAUUAUAUUCAAUUUGGGAACCACUCAUAUCUCAAUAUCAACGCUCAGGCAAAAAUCCUCAGCCUGUCCCUGGAUGUAGAUGCCAAAGCUCACAUUGUGACGCUGAAAUGCAUUGCCCAAGGGAAUCCGGUUCCAGAAGUGAAAUGGACCUCCUCAUAUGGACUGCUGGAAAAUGACUCAAUCAGAACUGACCUCAGGAACUACCUCAGCUCAGCCACCAACUCAUUUCCAUUCUCUGACCAGGAUGUGCACACUUGCCAAGCUGUGAACUCCCUGGGCCAAGAUCAGAUAACAUUUCCACCAGAUCAUCCAAACUGUUCUUUUGGUCUGUUAGUAGUGACUUGUUUUCUGGGAUGUUUGCUGUUUCUUGGGUUCGUGGCGUUCGUUGUGGAUGUGAUAAAAAGAAAAAAAAAAGGACAAAGUGUGCAGGGAGUCAAGCAGCAGCAACCGCAUAUAGGUGUACAGAAGGUUGAAACCUUUCAAGUUAAUGAGACAGUAUAUGCCAAUGUCAGCCCUUGUCCAGUUGGUUGUGAAACUAGACAAGAUGAAGGGUACUCAAAAGGGGUGUCACUAGAGGGGCGAAAGGUGGGACUGAUACCCGGGGCCCAGACCCACAAAACCCCCUUCGAGGCCCCAUCCAACCCCACGUCCCCCUCCCCACCCCCACCGCCCCACCACCCAACCAGUGAAAAGUGAAAGGUAAGGACUAUUUAUGUGUAAUAUCAUAAUAACAUUGUCUUAAUCAAGGGUCAGUUAAGUUGACCUUUGUGUAUAUAUAUUUUUGUAGAAUUUAAUGAACCAACUUUUGUUGUCAACAGACCUCAAAGAGAGAAAUAAAACCGAUUUUUAAAGAAGAUAUCAAAUUUAUCUAAAAACAGCAACAAACAACAAAAAGCUCUGGCCUUUAAUUAGUAUAUGUGAAUAAAGGCGCAGUUUAAAAGAAAACAUUUGUCUUGUUUUUUUCUUUUCUUUCUUUUGUGUGUGUGUGUGAUGCAGCUGUUGAAAAUAAGCAGCUAUUACAGGUUUUAUUGCAACGUGAGCUAUCUGAGGCUUUACAAAAAUGUAACAUAGUAACCAUUUUCUCUUGAACUACCAAAUAACCACAGUUUGAAAGGAAAAUUCCCAUAAGUAUAUGUAGUCUACACAACGUGUGUGUGUGUGUGGAAUGGACAAAGGACAUAAAAAAAGAACUCAUCUUUCACUGCUCUCUGGACAACGUGUGUGUGUGUACGUGCGUGCGCGCGCGUUCAGUUUGUGCAGGGGCUGGGUGAAAAAACAUUUUUCGACAGCCCAUUUGCUUGUGGUGGGAAAUACUAUAUUCAGGAGAAAACGAAACACUAAACAUGGCCACACAUUUUAAAUAAAUGUAUGGCGUCACAGCCAUAGAAAUUUAAAUAGAAUAGAAAGUUCAAUUUCAUAAAGCAGAAAAUUAAAAUGGGCGGGGCUUAGUGAUGCAGAAGUUGUCUUUUUAUUCAGGUACGAAGUGAGAAAUAAUUCUUUUAUUUGAACUCUUUACGUGUAUAUUCAAUUCACUCACUAUUAUACUUAAAUCAUGUGUAAAUUAUGAUCUAGAUCGCAGCGGAAGUAGCGCGUUGACGGUGUUAUCACGUGCUUUCUGUUACUUUUUAAGGUGCUAAUCAAGCUGGACCAAUCACAGUCAUUUUUGAUUACGCUAUGAGAAUUUCUAAAUAAUCACUUUAUAUAGAUUUUCAUGGUGUGUUUUGCUUCCUAUGUCAGAUAUAAGUUAUUAUAGUUCAUAUGUUUUGAAGUAUUAUGUUUUUGAGUAUAAAUGUUUCCAGGAUGACGAAAAACUUUCAGAGUUUUAAAUGCAGCUCAGUGGAAGCUUCAGCUUUUGGGCCUUCACGCGCCCCCUAGUGGACGACGAUAAUUUGAGGGAAACCGCUAGUAGUAAGUAUUGCCAAUGUCUGUGGAGGUCACACCCUGUUGGAGUUUACACGCUUCUCCUGCCUCAGCCAUUGGUCCCAUGUGAGCAGCUUUAAAUAAAUAAUAUCUUAAAUUAUUUGUAAAGUUCCUCAUAUCUUAGAUAGAUAUACCAGAAUGCCUCACACUGUCUUUACUACCACCACAACAACAAGUACAUCCACCGGGGUUGAGGGAUGCUGCAACAUUGCUUACGCGCGUUCAUUUCAAGGAUUACUGAAAAUCGGCCAAGUGGUGUUUGGCUUUAUGGCUACUUUUCUUAUUGCAAUCAGCAUAUGGACUUCUUAUAAGGUCACAUGUGGCUCUCAACCAACUGGUGCCACAGUGUAACCAGAAGGAAGAAACUGUCCUACCAGCUGGAGGUAUCAAGAAAAAUUCUGAAAGAAAGAAUGUGAAAUUCUGAAGAAAAAUUUGUUCUAGAUGGAUGAUAAGUGCUUUGAGAACCGGGAAGGGUCAUUUUUUUUUUUUUUUUAAUGUUUUGGAAGAUGCUGAAUGCUUCAUAUUUCUUCAUCCAAACUUAAGUGCCUGUGAACUUAAUGCACAGCAGCUGGGAUUAACUUUUUUAGCAGUAGGAUUUAAUAAUUUUUAAGAGUGGAGUUUUGAUAUGUUUAUCAACAAUGUCUGAAACUAAAAGGGGCCAUUUAUGCGCAAUUAUGUUUACAUGAUUUAUUUGACAUUAUUUCAUGUGAUGCAGAAUUUGAUUCAGUGCCUGGAAUCAAAUAAUAUUUUAGCUGAAGUGAGAUGUUCAUGAAGGAUCGAUGCUGAGCAACAGUAUAUAUAUAUUUUUUCAUUAUUACAAGAACUGAAGUGUAUUUUUACUUUCACAUUAUCUUUGUAUAUGAUAUUAUGAUAUGCAACACAACUGUCAAGUUUCUAAAUACAAAUCCCUUGUUUUGUAUGCUGUGAUAAAAGGAAAACGUCUCCUAGUGUUGUGAAUGUUGUGUUGCUUCCUCUCUGAUUCAAAGCCAGAAAUUGGGGCUCAAAACAGGUGGUAAUUUUGCAUUUGUUAUAACACUCAAUGAAAAGCCAGGAACAUGUCACAUUUUAAUUCAGAAUCAAAAGAAAUAAUGUUUUGCAUAAAAUUAAGAUAUUUUAAAAAUAUUUUUGUACUGUGACAUUUAUUUAACCAGCAAAUCUCCCCAGUUCUCAUUAACAUGAUGCAAAAAAUGUAAAUUGAAUUGUAAAGUAUAUACUUGACUAUACAUCAUAAUAUUUGUGGUAUUGCUGAUUUAAAGUCGAUUGUAUUACAGUAAUAAAAAGCAGUGUCUGGAUGCA